AUGGAUUAAUAAGAAUUAUAGAAAAUAUGGAAAGGAAUAAUAGAAACUCUAAAAAAGAAAUAUAAUGAUAUUAAUACAGCAUAUUAUGAUUUAGAUAUAAAUAAUUCUGGAGAAAUAGAAAUUGAUGAUUUGGAAUCUGAAUUAAAGAGAAAUCAUAAUAUAAAAUCUGAUGAGUACUUUUUGAUUGAUAUAUCAAUAAUAGAACCAUAAGAUAUUUGUUUGAAUAUUUGAAUACGUCAAAAUCUGGAGCUAUAGAUAUAGAUGAAUUUGAGACUCAUUGGACAUAAAUUGAUUCAAAUUCUUAAUAAAAAAAUAAAUAAGAAAUAGAACCAUAACUUUUAACAUCAUCUGGAUAAAAAUCAACUUAAUAAUUCUCUGAUCUAUUUAAAAGUUAUGCUUCUGGAAAUUCACCUACUAAAUAUAUUAAUAUUUAAGGUGAUUUCUAAAUUAAUCACUUUACUCAAACUAUUACACCUACUUAUGAAUAAUAAAGACCUCUUAAUUUUUUGGAUAAUUUCAAUUAUAAUAAAAAAAUAUCACCACCAAAACAUUCUUAUUUAUUAAAAAAUAAAGCUGAAAUUUCUUAAGAUAAACUUAGAAAUAUGUAAAAUAGAAUUACAAAUAUAUUUAAUGGAAUACCAGAACAUAAAAAUUCAUCUCCAAAAUUAAGAAAAGAUUUUGAUAUCUAUAUUAAUAAUAAAUUAGGAUAACCAAAUACAACCAGAAUAUAAACUUAAUUUACAUUUGAUUUUUAGAAUCUUUAUUCAUAAAGAAGAAAUUAAAAAAAUUAUGAAUAAAGAUUUUCAUUAAAUACAAGAACUGAUACAUCUCCUAAUAGAUCUUAAGAUAGAAUUUCAUUAUAAUAAUAUGCAUAUUAAUUUUAUGAUAGAGUUUAUGAACUUAAAAAAACUUCAUCUUUUAUGGGAUUGUAAAAGAAAUAAUAGAUUUAACCUAAAACAACGUUUAUGUUCAGAUUAUGA